AUGGUGAGUCGGUUUAUAACAAGUUUUGUUUUGAAUGUUCAGAAAAGAUCCACGCAUUUUACCGAGCUGUUUCAAUUAUUAAUAACAUUUCAUAGCCUGAUAUUGUAUUUGCUGUACUUUUUACUGAUUUCUAAUAAAUCUUUUCAUAAAAAGUUGAUAAAAGCUUUGCAAGGUGAGAGAAGCACGUGUGAUGGCGAGGUAUCGAACAUAGACGACUUAGCGCAAACACCGAAGUCGAGUAAAUCAGGUAAUUAAAGUUAAAUUUUUGGACUUUAAAAUGCCAUUUGAUAAUAAAAAUAUAUUUACAUUAAUUUUAUAAACAAAGUUUACGGAUAUUAUAAUUAAAUUUCGGUAUAAAUCAUUGUUUUGUAUUUUUUAAAAAGGGUCAUUGUAGGUUUUAUUUUCUCACUGAAACGACUUUUAAACAUCUUACUAGAUACUCAAAGCAAGAAAAGAAAACACCAACCUGAAAAGCUUGAUGAGAGUCAACUCGAGGAAAGUCACAUUGAUGAGCCAGCAAAUGUAAAGUUUCCCACAUAAAGUUUUACUUCUAUAAUAUAAUACUUGCACGCCAGCUGAAUCUCCCUUUAUGAUAUUUAUGCUACAAAAUCAUUGUUUUUUUUACUAUUUUCUUAGUUUGUCAUUGCCAAUACAGAAAUGGAAUCUCUUCGAGAAACCAAUAGAAGGCUAAAAAACAAAAUUGUUUCCUUGAAAACAUCUGCAAAAGGAAAUAAAUCCAAAAUGAAGCUAAUGAGACGCAGGGGUAAGAGUCAUAAUUUCUGCAAUUUAUUUUAUUUUUUUUAUUUUAUUUUGACCAACUUUGACCAACGUUUGAAUUAUUGCCCCUAUAAUGUUACAUAAAGAAGCACUGCUUUAUUUUUAUGCAUAUAUUAUUUAGUACUCCAGCUUGAACAACACUUAGAGGAACAGUCGGUGGAGAAGAGUGCUGAAGAAUCUGAAAUGGAAGCUGGCAAUAUUGAGAGUGAGGAUGAAGCAUCAGAGGAGGAGAACGAGUUCUAUGAACAUGAUCCUGCCUAUGAGGUGGAUGAUGUCGACAUGGAAGAAGAUGAAGAAGAUUUCAUAGAAGAAGAUAUAGGGUGAGUAAUUUAAUAACUUGGCACUGCCUUUUGCAAUAACAAGCAUCACAACUAUUGUGCAUUAUUAUAAUGUUGCACUUUUGCUUGUUUCAGGUUGUUGCAACACAAUGGAAAUCUACGGUCAGAACCAAAGCACAUUGUGUUUCUGUCACAGCUUCUGCUACUUUUCAACUUUUGCCAUUCAUGCAAAGCUGAUAAUCCAUUGGUGGAAGCAAAAGCUGUUGGAACUGCAGCAGUUGUAACCUCAACAUGCCACAACCCAAAUUGCCCACAGAAAACCACAACAUGGUAUAGCCAGCCACUAACACCUGGGCGUACAAAAGCACGUGCUGGAAACUUUCUUUUGUGUAUGGCAGUCUUGCUUGGUGGUGGCUCUUUUACUAAAAUACGCCAAAUAUUUGCACAUAUGGGUCUUGGAUGUGUCUCCCAUUCAACAUACUUCCGUUAUCAGAAGGUAAGAAAGAGCAUUUUCUUAUAAACGAACUAAGAAGUUUUGGGCCAUUCCAUUUAAUAUAGGCACCCCCCCCCUAUUGAGGGGUCCCUUCAUAAUCCCCUUAGCAUAUAAAAAUUUUAGAACCCCCUUGGAUGUGAUUUUUGGAAGUUACCCCAUGGAUAUCUUUACCCCCUUUAAGAUUUCAUUUUUACCCCCUUGGAUAUCACUAAAACACCUAAUUUUUGCUAUUUUUUGGACAAUUUCCUAAGCUACCCUCUAGGAAAAUUUAAGAUAAAAACAUCCUCCCCCCCAUAGGAUUUCUAGACAACUCAAUAGGGGGGGGGGGGGCUACAUUAAACGGAAUGGCCCAUUGGUUGAUACAAUAUAUUUGAACUAUAUAAUUUAUAAAUUAUGUUGUACUAUUAUAGACUGUGCUAUUCCCCACCAUUUUCCUUCACUGGAAGAAGUACCAGUCAUUGUUGUUGGAGAAAGCCAAGAAAUUAAGAAAUGGUGUUGUUCUGGCAGGGGAUGGUCGCCAUGACAGCAUGGGUCAUUCUGCCAAAUUUUGUGCAUAUACAGUUUUUUGUUGCACUCUUGGACAAAUCAUUCAUUUUAAUCUUGUGCAGGUAGAAAUACUGUAAAUAAUACUAUAGCUUCACUUACUAGUUACUAGCUCUUGAUUAUUCAAUGACACUAACAACUGUUAUUGCCUUUUAGAGAAAUCAGGCAGGGAGUAGUCCAGCAAUGGAGUUUAUGUCUUUUAAGUUAUCCAUGGACUUCCUUAUCAACUAUGGCCUCACCAUUACUACCUUCAUAUCAGACAGGCAUACUUCAAUUGCAAAGUAUAUGCGGCAAGUUUUGAAACAAAUUACCCACUAUUUUGAUGUGUGGCACUUGAAGAAAAGUGAGAAUAUUUCCAAUUUUUUAAAUAAUAUAAUUCAUGCUAAUGCCCAGACUGCUUAGGAGUUAGGAUGAGAACCCACUGAGCUAUAAACAUCACUGAAUUACUGAUGAGUUAGUUUAUGAUAAUUAAAUUAAGCCUUCAGGAGUUCAGGCCCUUCACUAUUUUCCUUCAAUUCUUGUUGACAUUGUUUUCUGUUUGAAAAUUUUAUUGCUUGCAGAAAUAAGAAAGGUGCUGUUCAAAAUUGCAAAAGAGAAAGACUGUGAAGCACUGAAUGAAUGGAUAAAGCCAUGUGAAAACCACCUGCACUGGAGUGCUACUUCAACCUAUGAUGGCAAUGGUUUGGUAAUCUGGGCAAAAUUCAAGUCCUUUCUACAGCACAUUGUCAACAUCCAUUCAGGGCACAGUGAUCCACUGUUUGACAAUUGUGCUCAUGGAAGCAACAUUCCUGCUAGAAAGUGGUUGACCAUUGGUAUGUAAAACAUUUGGCCUUACACCUGUAAAUGUUUAUGAUGGCAUAUAGUUUACAGUAUGAAUUUUACAACUACCCAGUUUCUAGUUGCAGCAUGUUCGGCUCAUCAGAAUAUAUUUACAAUAAGGUGCACACAUGAACAGGAAAAUGUUUUAUUCAUAUUCCCUUCCUAUAGAUUCACCCCUCCAUAAUAAAGUGUGUGCCGCACUUACAAACAAAAGGCUUAUGAAUGGCAUCCAGAAAGCUUCUCCAUUAGAACAAACCAGCUGUCUAGAGGGCUUUCAUAGUGUUCUCAAUCACUUUGCACCCAAGAUGAUUGCAUACUCUUAUGUUGGACAAUACUGCAGGUUGGAAUCUCUUCUAAUUUAAAUGUUUAUUACUUUGGUGAAGAACAGUCUAUUAGCACAUUAUGAGAGCAAUUGGAGUUAAUAUAUAUCUUUUGCAUAAUUAGGCAUAUUCUAGCUGUAAUACAUUUUAACAGCAACCUGCAGAGAGAGAAAAAAACCAAUCCCGAUCAAUCUGAAAAAAUAAAGGUCAGCUACCCCAAAUUCAAGAAUGGAGAGGCCACAAUUCGAAGUGUUAGGGUUGCUCAGAACUUUGGUAAGUUUCUGUUUAUCUGCAAAUAGUAAUAGUCGGCCGGCCAAGGUGGCAAAAAGUGCCUUCAAAGAGAGUUGAUGGCAAGUUUAUGUUAGAAGCUGGUAACUGGUAUUUUCUUAUAGUUUAAACCUUGGUGAACAAGACUGUGUGUGUUACCACUUCUGAUUUUUGCUUUAUAGCCGAAAAUUUGAGAAUUUUAAAAUUUUGCCUAUUAAAUUACUAUGAUGGCAAAAAAUUUAAAAUCUCAUGUUCUCUCAUAGGAAAAAUAAAAGGGGGCUGAUAUUCAUAUAUUCGUGUUCACAGACCAUAAAAACAAUCGAUUUCAAAUGAAAUUAAUAACCCAGAACACGAAUAUAUGAAUAUCAGCCCCCCCCCCCAUUAUCGAGCUUGCUACGGCCCUGUGUCAUGGCCAGCCAUCUAUAAUGCUGUCUUAUUUAACUAUUUACAAUAUACUUUGUUAACUUUUUUUAUAGAUUAUGUACAAGAAAUUUACGAGACUUUCUUGUCAGCUGCUGAAAAGGACCUGAAAAGCGAGGAAGCUGAACUGAAGCAAAUGUGCCCCCCUGCUAUGAACACAAUGCUAAAUAAGCAAACAAAGGAGGAGGCAGUGAGGAAAAGAAAUGCCAGGAGAGAAAUGACUAUUGAAGAUGUUCCACCCAGUAUUCCUGGUUUGUAAUAGUUUGUAAAAUCUAUUGUUUUUUUCAUGUUUGGUUAAAUCACUCCCAUUUUUGUUUUUUUACUCCAUGACAGAGACAAAUUUAUUUGUCAGAAAUUAGACUAAAAAGUUUGUUAUAUCAACUUUUUAUAGUAUUGGAACAUCUGGAACAACUUAGGCGACAAAAGGAGGCAAAGAAAAAUAAUGCAAAACGCUGUUGUCGAGCAUGUGGACAUCCAAUGAAGGGGCAUACCAAAGAUAUAGAUUGUCCAAAAAACAGAUAAGAAUUUAGGCCUGGGUAUCAUGAAAGAAAAGCUUGCUUCAAGCAAAACAAAAAAAGCUCUUUUAAGAGCUGCCACUUAAUAAAAGAAUAUAACGAUACCUCGAUAAUACUAUGAUCAUUGCACACAGUCCAUAAAAAAUGGCAAAUGUUCAGUAUGUCAUAUUUUAUUCAUUAUACUUUAUAUAUACCAAAUAUUUCAAAGCUAUAGCUGUUCAUUCCCACGUAAUCCCUGCACAAUAACAAAACUAGUCUGAGUCGUCAGAAUAUCCAGUAAACUGUCCUUCCUUCUCCAUGAUGGGAAAUGUAUUUCUUAUUGCAAUGUAGGCACAUGCAGGUAGUGGGAUUCUUCUGUUGCCAAGAGGUCCAUAUAUUAGUCUUGUGAACUCUCUAUAUGAGAUACUGCGCAGAAAGCUAAAACAAAAUAAAUGGAAGUUCAUGAUUUGUUACCAUGUGAACCAGGCUAAGAAGUUGCCUAUAGUCCGCAUUAUAGUCCUCAUUUACAAAAGUAUAAAUUAAUAUUUUCUAUCUUUGUGUUUAGCAAAUCAUUAUCUACCUAUACAUAUAGUAGAGGUGUGCAUCGGAUCGGACGUUUAUAAUCCGAUAAUUGCCUAUGUUUAACAUCUGAUCUGAUCCGAAAUUGUCAAAUCCGAUCCGAGUUUCGAUCCAAUCCGAAGAAUUCUUUAAUAAAAUAAAUUUCUCAUUCAAGUUGAAAUAUUUAACCAAAUAAAUAUAAAAGCAAUAAAUACAUGUCAAGAACCUGACAAAGUGACGUCCAAUUGAAUAAUUAGAUAAUUAAUUCAUUUUAUUUCGGAUACCAAAGUCCGGUCCGACUACGAAAUAACUUUAUCAAUCCGAUCCGAAAUGAAUAUAUUAUUUUGUUUCCGAAAUCCGAACAGAUCAGAUUUGCACACCACCUCUAGUAUAUAGUGAUGUAUUGACAGGCUAAUUUGAAUACACCUAUCAUUGUUUCCCCCCCCCCCUGAGGGGGUGGGGGGUGGCCCAGGGGACUUUAACCACACUAUGAAGCCCCAGUGAGGGGAAUUUCACCUAUGCAUCAACUCAGU